UAAUAAGUGAAAUUCAAAAUUUUUACAAGAUUUUAACAACAUGUAAGGCUAUAAUUAAACCAGACAUAACCACUCUACCAGAUGACUGGUCAUGUGGACUAGUACUUCAUGUGGCUCCUUUGAAUCAAAUUUUGACACAAAGUCUUAAACAUAUACAUGCUAUCUUAAUUUGUGAUUUACAUGUAACUAAUAUGUUAUGACAGUACCACUUUUCGAAUGAUGGGAUUUUAUCUGCAAAACUUGAUAAAGAUAUAUAUGGCUACAUUGUGUUCCAUUCUUGAUUGAUAAUUUUUCACUUUUGUGUGUCCUUGUGAAUAUGUCACACAUGCGCAAAAGCAAUUACUUCAAAAAAUCACUUAUCUACAUUUAUCAAUGUUAUAAAGUUUUUAAUAAUAGUGUUGCUUUUGGUGAGUCACUGGCUUUAGCACAGGCACACUUUGUGAAUUUGUGAUGCUUUACACAAUUGGUGACUAUACAUGUAUCUCUUGGGAGUCAUUGGAUUUUACCACAGGCACACUAUGACUUUGUGAUAUGUUUUCCACAGUCACUUACACGUGAUUCGCGAUUAUUUACGCACACAUUAUAUCGCUUUUUGUGAAUAUAUAACUUGACCGCAAGGACAAAUUGUGAAAUUUUUGUAGCAUGUAUACUACAGUCACUUACAGGCGAUGUGCAACUAUCUAUGCACAUAUCACUUACUGUGAGUCUUCUGACUUGAUCACAGGCACACUCCGUAAAUGUCAUAAUAUGUUUACCACAGUCACUUACGUGUAUUGUGGAAUUAUUUACACAUAUAUUAUAUCACUUUCUGUGAGUCUUUUGACUUUACCACAGGCAUACUUGUUUCCCACAAUCACUUACAUGUGAUUUGUGAUUAUGUACUAUACGUUAUAUCACAUUCUGUGAGUCAUUUGACUUUACCACAGGCUCAUUUAAUGAAUUGUUGAUAUGUUUACCACAAUCACAUGUGAUUUGUGAUUAGGUACGCAUACGUUGUAUCACUUUCUGUGAGUCUUUUGACUUUACCACAGGCACACUUUUUGAAUUGGUGAUAUAAUUUUUAAAAAUUACUACUAUAUUAUUUACAAAUAGUUAUACAUAUAUCACUUUCUGUGAGUCUUUCGAAUCUUGACUUUACCACAGGCACAAUUUGUGAAUUUGUGAUAUAUUGUUACGAUCGCUAACAUGCGACUGAUGAAUAUUUGUACACAGAUUUUAUCACUUCCAGUGGUUCUCUUAAUAAUAUAUUUAUAUAAUUGCGCAUAAUCCGGGAUAACUUAUAUAAUAUUCCAUUUUCUGUUAUGUAUUAAUUCCAGCACAGCCAUUAUUUAUGAAUUUAAGACAUUGUCAGUAAACAUUUGGAUGUGGUUUGUGCUUUUCCUUCUAAGAUAUAAAUAUUUAAUUAGGUCUAAAUGGGUAAUGUUAAUAUAAUUGGAAACCCAUGCUGGAAAAUUUUAGCGAAGGAAUUUAAAAUUUUCGUUGUCAAGUAGAUUGGCUUGGGACAUAACUUUAUAUAUUCUUAUAACUUUUGCUAAUGCUGUAUGUGUCAUUGUUUCAGCAUGCCUUCUAGAAAGAGAAGUGUUGCUAGCAGCAAUGAAGGGGCCAAGAGAAAAAGGGCAGUCUCCCACACAGCCACUACCACAUCAGCCACAAAUGAUGAAGCCAUUAUUGCUCUCAGUGAAAACACUAGAUAUAGAAACUCUAGGAGAACAACAGUUACAACACCCAAUGUACCAAUACCAGUUCCUGUCACAGAAAGUGUUUCAAUACAAACUCAACAUAUCGUUGACACGUUAACAGAUAAACUUGAGGCUAUAGUCGAGAAUAAGAUACAACAAGUUUUGGGUCAAAGUGGACAAGCACGUCCACAACAGGUACAGGCCCCAGAAACAGUUCCCACGCAACAGUUACAACAACAACAACAACAGGUGGAAUCACUGGAUGACCGGACACAAAGUGUAUUUACUGGUAAUUCUGGUUGUCUCACUUCAGCUUCUUUACAAUCCUCCCCAUCAAUUCCACUCCAUGCAUCAGUUAAUCUGAAAAUAAAAGAAAAGAUCUGGGCUGACGAAUUUGUAGAUUUUUCAACUUCUUUUAGUAAGUCUCAGGAAUCGUUCAGCUUAACAAUCACGCCAACGGGCAUUUCUUCCUUUUCACAGUCAAACUCAAGAAAAUUCAUAACAAUUGAGCAAUGGACUGAUAUUUUUGCAGUCUUUUCAUCUGUAUACAGGCAAAAGUAUCCGGACACUGCUGAACAACUAGCCCAAUACAGUAACACUGUGCGGGCAAUUGCCAAAGCUAGGGGUAACUGGCAUUAUUAUGAUGUGCAGUUCAGACAGCUCCGUCAGAGUCACCCAUUUUCUUGGGACUCAAUUCACCAUGAGCUAUACAUCAAAGCUCUAAGUCAGAAGCAGCCCUUUCGGCCAAAUGGCCCACAAACGGGCCAAUCUAGAAAAACCUGCAACAAAUUCAAUCGUGGAGAUAGAUGCACAGGAUGCAUCUACCAACACAAAUGUAAAACAUGCUCCGGCAAUCACCCACACUAUAAAUGCUGGAAGCGAACAUCCGACGGUGCCCCCAAAAAUUCAAAUAACGCGGGUCAGUCACAACCCAACAGGUCAAACUCGACCCCCCAAACAAAGCCAAUAGAUAAAGUUACGUUACCCACUCCGGUUAAAUGGCGCAAGCUGGAAACCCUUUUCCAUGGUUAUGACACAAAAGUUACACAGUAUCUUGUACAAGGUUUCAAGUUAGGUUUCGAGCUUAAUUUUCAGGGUAAUAGAGACGGUACAGACAGUCCAAACUUAAAAUCUGCUAAUGAACAUCAUAACAUUGUGGAUGCAAAAAUCAUGAAAGAAAUCAAAGCAAAUCGCGUAAACGGUCCAUUUUUGGAGAAGCCCUUUCAAGAACUUAAAGUUUCGCCGAUAGGUGUUGUUCCGAAAAAAGAACCAGGGGAAUAUAGAAUGAUUCAUCAUCUAUCAUAUCCCCGCAAUACUGGAACCUCGGUGAAUGAUCAAAUUCCCGCUGACUUUACAGAGGUCUCCUAUGCAAAUGUCGAUGACGCCAUUACAAAAAUUAAAAUGAUAGGUAGAAAUGCCUUUAUGGCAAAAACAGACAUAUGCUCUGCUUUCAGAAUUAUUCCAAUACGUCCGUCCGAUUAUAGUUUACUGGGUUUCAAAUGGGAAAACAAAUAUUACUAUGAUAAAUGUCUCCCUAUGGAGCUGCCUCAAGUUGUCAAAUUUUUGAGACUUUCAGUACAGCAUUAA